UGAAAGAAACAUGCACACUGCACCAACAGCCUUGCACGGACACCGAUCCUGUCUGCUGCAGCGCCUGAACAUUAGCGAGUGAGGUAGAGAGGUGGGGGGGAGCACAGCAAUAUAGUGAGGAGUAGACAAGUAGCAGACCCCCCACCCAAAUCCUCAUACAUGCCUUAGAAUGUCUUCUUUAUUUCCUAAAUUAUCCUGGUGUGCUUGCGUGCAUGCGCGUGUGCGUGACUGGCGGGGGCGAUGACGGGAUCCCUGCACUGCCCAGCGAGCGAUCCUACACAGAUGGACACACAGCAGGUCUAUGAGAUACUGGGAAAUUAAAUACAGGAAAAGGAAACAAAAUCAAUGCAGCAUGAGAAGGGAGAGCUGACUUUGAUUUAAAGCUGCUCCUGCUAUUUGCCAACUGUCAGUUCAUCCUUUUGCAAUCUUUGUUGAUGGGGAGGGUGGCAGGAGGAUCGAAGCCAUUUUACAGCAUGUGGGGAAGAGAUGCAGGGAAGGAAAGUAGCUAUAAAAGAAGACAAACCCGUUUGUGUACUGUUAUAUACACAUUCUCUAUCUUUGGAUUAGUGAAGGAGGGAGACCUGAGAGGGAAAAAAAACUGAGCACAGAAAGUGAGAUAGGGAAGAGUGUGCAAAGGAGAGAGAGAGGGAGAGGAAGAGAGCUGCGCUGCAGUAGCAUCCCACAGCAGACGGCUGAGGACCGCCGCUGUGUGUGUGUGACUGCACUGCUGAAGAGGAGGAGGAGGAGGCAGAGGGUGAGCACGCUCACAGACUCUGCAGGGUCACAGAGGAACAACAGUCAGCAGCAGCGCUAGUGUUGGCCCGCAUCAGGUAGGAGACCCGUCCCCUCUGCAAGAGCGUUGUAACAAGAUCUGGACACGCCAACGCCGCAGAUACCCGCACCAGCAGCAGCAGCAGCAGCAGCAGCAACACCACCAACAUGGCACAAGCAGCCAAACAUCUCCGCAAGAACAAGGAUUUAGAAGCCCAGUUGGAGAAGGAAGAGAAAGAGAAGGAGGAGGAGAGGCUGAGAAAGAGGAGUCGCUCCCGAGAUAAAAAGCGCAAGGCCCACGCCGUGCAUCGCUGGCUAAUCGAUCAGGACAGUAGUGUGAGCUCUGAGAUGCCGGAUGGCCAAGGAGUAUGGCACUAUGAUGAUGAAGCAGAUGCUGGCAACAGUUUUCUCCGAGCGGCUCGAUCUGGCAACCUGGACAAGGCCUUGGAACAUAUAAAAAAUGGCAUUGAUAUCAAUACAGCCAAUCAGAAUGGACUCAACGGGCUGCAUCUGGCCUCCAAAGAAGGCCACGUCAAAAUGGUGCUGGAGUUGCUUCACAACGGAAUCACGCUGGAGACCACCACAAAGAAAGGGAACACCGCCCUCCACAUUGCAGCUCUGGCAGGGCAGGAGCAGGUGGUCACAGAGCUGGUAAACUAUGGGGCCAAUGUCAACGCUCAGUCCCAGAAGGGUUUCACUCCACUCUACAUGGCAGCACAAGAAAACCAUCUAGAGGUUGUGAAGUUUCUCCUGGAGAAUGGAGCCAAUCAGAGCAUUCCAACAGAGGAUGGAUUCACGCCCCUCGCCGUGGCUCUUCAGCAGGGGCAUGAGAAUGUCGUAGCUCUGCUCAUCAACUAUGGCACCAAGGGGAAAGUCCGGCUCCCUGCACUGCACAUUGCAGCACGAAAUGACGAUACGCGCACAGCUGCAGUGCUUUUGCAGAAUGACCCUAACCCUGAUGUCCUCAGCAAGACUGGAUUCACACCCCUCCACAUUGCUGCACAUUAUGAAAACUUGAACGUGGCACAACUGCUGCUUAAUCGAGGAGCAAAUGUAAACUUCACUCCAAAAAACGGCAUCACUCCUCUGCACAUUGCUUCCAGACGAGGGAAUGUGAUCAUGGUCCGACUCCUGCUGGACCGGGGGGCCCAGAAUGAUGCCAAGACCAAGGAUGAGUUGACUCCUUUGCAUUGCGCUGCCAGAAACGGACAUGUCAGAAUAAUAGAGAUCCUGCUGGACCAUGGGGCUCCAAUCCAGGCGAAGACAAAGAAUGGCCUGUCACCAAUCCACAUGGCAGCACAAGGGGACCACAUGGACUGCGUCAAGCAGCUCCUGCAAUACAACGCAGAGAUUGAUGAUGUAACACUGGACCACCUCACUCCGCUGCAUGUGGCAGCACACUGCGGGCACCACCGCAUGGCCAAAGUACUGCUGGACAAAGGAGCGAAACCCAACUCGAGGGCUCUGAACGGCUUCACUCCUCUGCACAUUGCCUGUAAAAAGAACCACAUGCGUGUGAUGGACCUCCUGCUCAAACAAUCAGCAUCACUAGAAGCUGUGACUGAAUCAGGCCUAACCCCCUUACAUGUUGCGUCCUUUAUGGGUCAUCUUAAUAUUGUGAAGAUCCUCCUCCAGAAGGGAGCUUCUCCCAGCGUCUCUAAUGUGAAAGUGGAGACUCCGCUCCAUAUGGCAUCUCGGGCGGGUCACUUUGAAGUGGCAGAGUUUUUACUGGAGAAUUCAGCUCCAGUGGAUGCCAAGGCAAAGGAUGAUCAAACACCUCUGCACUGUGCUGCUCGGAUGGGUCACAAAGAGCUGGUGAAGCUUCUGCUUGACCACAAAGCUAACCCCAACUCCACCACCACAGCUGGACACACGCCUCUGCACAUCGCUGCCCGGGAAGGUCACGCUCAAACCGUGCGCAUCUUACUGGACAUGGAGGCCCAACAGACCAAAAUGACCAAAAAAGGCUUCACUCCACUACAUGUAGCCUCCAAGUAUGGGAAGGUGGAUGUGGCAGAGCUGCUGCUUGAGCGAGGAGCUAACCCUAAUGCAGCUGGAAAGAAUGGUCUCACCCCGCUGCAUGUUGCUGUACAUCACAACAACCUGGAUAUUGUUAACUUGCUUGUCAGCAAAGGAGGGUCACCACAUAGCGCUGCCAGGAAUGGCUACACUGCCCUCCACAUUGCAUCCAAGCAGAACCAGGUGGAGGUGGCCAACAGCCUGCUGCAGUACGGAGCUUCAGCCAACGCUGAGUCACUGCAGGGCGUCACUCCGCUCCACCUCGCCUCACAGGAGGGAAGGCCUGACAUGGUUUCCCUGCUCAUCUCCAAACAGGCCAACGUCAACCUGGGCAACAAGAGUGGAUUAACACCAUUGCACCUGGUGGCACAGGAGGGACAUGUAGGCAUUGCUGAUAUCCUAGUGAAGCAAGGUGCUUCAGUCUACGCUGCCACACGGAUGGGCUACACCCCUCUGCAUGUAGCGUGUCAUUACGGUAACAUCAAGAUGGUGAAGUUCCUCUUACAGCAGCAGGCCAAUGUUAACAGCAAAACAAGGCUUGGUUACACUCCUCUGCAUCAGGCAGCGCAGCAGGGACACACAGACAUUGUGACUUUAUUGCUGAAACAUGGUGCCCAACCCAAUGAGACCACUACUCAUGGCAUGUCAGCAAAGGUUGGGAUACAGAGGAGACUAACUUCUUCUGUAUUGCUGUCAUAUCUGAAUCUGAUUUCUUUCUGUGCUCUGCAGACGACAACAGAGAAGCAUCGAAUGAGUUUUCCAGAGACAGUGGAUGAGAUAUUAGAUGUGUCUGAGGAUGAAGGAAUUGCACAGCUAACGUUAGGAGAGGAGCUCUUGGGGACAGAAGGGGCCAGGUACAUGAAGAUGGAUGACAUGAAAGACCAUGAUGACGAUUUCCUCUCCCCCAAGAAAUCACUGGAGUACGAGAGAGGGCUGGGCACAGCGAAUUACUCACCGGCCAUUCCCAGGAUUCCCCGUGUCUCCCCGGAGAAUGUAAAUCUGCCAGAACAUGAAAUAGAUCAGCAACACACACCACUUCCACUGCCCAAAGAGUACGACGAGGACUCACUGAUUCCCAGCAGUCCAGCAACAGAGACGUCUGAUAAUGUCAGCCCAGUCGCCAGUCCCAUCCACACAGGAUUCCUGGUCAGUUUUAUGGUGGAUGCUCGAGGCGGUUCAAUGCGAGGCAGCAGGCAUAAUGGUCUGCGUGUCAUCAUACCUCCACGGACGUGUGCGGCACCCACUCGCAUUACCUGCCGCCUGGUGAAGCCGCAGAAGCUGACCAGCCCCCCUCCUCUGGUGGAGGGAGAGGGGCUGGCCAGCAGGAUCAUUUCCCUGGGUCCAGCUGGGAUGCAGUUUCUGGGGCCGGUGAUUGUGGAGAUUCCCCACUUUGCUGCUCUGGGUCGUGGAGACCGAGAGCUUGUUGUGCUUAGGAGCGAGAACGGAUCUGUCUGGAAGGAGCACCGCAACCGCUACGGUGACGAGGUGCUGGAAACCAUCCUGAAUGGGAUGGAUGAGGAACUAGAAAGUCAAGAGGAACUCAGCAAGAAGCGAAUCCGCCGCAUCAUCUCUACCGACUUCCCUCUUUACUUCGCUGUUGUGUCAAGAGUCCAACAAGAGAGUGACCUGAUUGGUCCAGAGGGAGGUUCACUUACCAGUAAACUAGUGCCAAUGGUGCAGGCAACGUUUCCAGAGACGGCAGUCACAAAAAGAGUCCGCCUCGGACUGCAGGCCCAGCCAGUUCCUGAUGAACUGGUUGCAAAACUGCUGGGUAACCAAGCAAACUUUAGCCCUGUAGUCACUGUGGAGCCUCGGCGGCGCAAGUUUCACCGCCCCAUCGGCCUGCGCAUCCCCCUGCCUCCGUCCUGGAGGGAGAGUCCCCGUGACUCAGGCGAAGGCGACACCACCAGUCUGCGUCUGCUCUGCUCUGUUAUAGGUGGAACAGCUCCAGCCCAAUGGGAAGACAUUACUGGCACCACCAAGCUCCUCUACGCCAGUGACUGUGCCAGCUUUACCACUAAUGUUUCUGCACGGUUCUGGCUGGCAGACUGUCCUCGGACAGCUGAGGCCGUCUCCUUUGCCAACCUGCUCUACAAAGAGCUAUCAGCUGUACCUUACAUGGCCAAGUUUGUAGUGUUUGCAAAGAUGAACGAGCUGCGCGAGGGCCGUCUGCGAUGCUACUGCAUGACAGACGAUAAGAUGGAUAAAACUCUGGAACAGCAUGAGAACUUUACCGAAGUCGCUCGCAGUCGUGACAUAGAGGUGAUGGAGGGAAUGCCACUUCACUUGGAGUGUUCAGGGAAUCUGGUGCCAGUGAGGAAGGCCACACAGCAGCCUCGCUGCUUUAGUUUCCAGGCUUUCAGGGACAACAGGCUUCCAGUCUCUGUCAAGGUGCGAGACAGCAGUAAGGAGCCUACUGGAUUUUUAUCUUUCCUACGGAAGUCCACUAAAUAUGAGGACAGCCAACAAGUACUCUGCAACCUUAAUAUCACUAUGCCUCCUUGUAUCAAGAUUAUUGGUAGUGAAGAUAGGAGGCGAACUCUGACCCCUCUGGCUUUGAGAGAAAGAUACAGCGCCCUAAAUGAACCUGCUAUGGCAUCAAUGAGUGCAAUGGAGAGAACGGAGCUGAAGAUGGCAGUGAUCGCAGAGCAAUUGGGUCUGAGCUGGGCUGAGUUAGCACGUGAGCUACAGCUGAGUGUAGAUGAUAUCAACAGGAUUCGAGUUGAGAAUCCAAACUCCCUCCUCGAACAGAGCUCCGCGCUGCUCAACUUGUGGGCAACUCGUGAAGGCAAAAGGGCCAAAAUGGAGAGUUUAUACACCGCCCUGAAGAACAUUGACCGUAUGGACAUCAUCAACAUGUUGGAGGGUCACCCGCCCCAGCCUAUAAGACAAGGCUCCCGUGACCUGAACAGACGGCGACACAACGAUAAAGACCAUCUCUCCCCUGGUAUGACCAAUGGUUAUGGGCUUGCGCAGGAGGAGCUCCAUUCGCCGGCCUCAAUGCAGUACAGCCUGCCCUCUCCGUUGGGUGCCGAGCCUUACUGGCAGGAAGUGUCCAGCCUGGACUGUGCACCAAUUGCCACCACAGAAGAAGACACCCUGAUGGAGAUGUCCGAUGUUCAGGUUUGGCCCUCUGGCAACAGCCCCUCCUUGGUACCUGUGGAGGACUCCUCGCUGGAAUGCAGCAAUGCGGAUGACUCAGAAGGUCUGCUGGGGCUGCCAUAUGGAAGUCUGGGCCGACCAGCCAGCCAGGCCAGUCCAGCCAGCGCAGGGGGUGUGGUGCUGAGUGGUUCUAUUGAGCUACCAGAAGAUGACUCAGAGAUGGGAGUGGAUUCUCUCAGCACAACCACACCAGCCUCCAUUGGGGGAACCAUAGCAGGGAUCAAUCUCAACGGGCUAAACAACGGUCAGGGGUCAGAGGCAAGCUCAGAGUUAUCAGCCGUCACAAGUACGACGGGUGGUGAUGGAGCUGAAGGAGGAGGACGACGACUAGGUGGAACUGGCUCAGAAGAAGGACAUUCUCUUGUUUCAGGACAACAAAGAGUGUACGCUCGGUUGAGUGAGUCACCUGGUCUGAGCUGUGUUGCAGAUCGGAAUGGAGACAGGUCAGCUAAUGGUGGAAACGGAAGUGGAGGAGGCUCUUUCCUUUCUUACCUGCAGGAACAGACCGGUUCAGGAUGGAUGCCUGUCACUGACCCUACACAGGCUUGGGUGGGCACCCAGUCUAAGCCCAGGCAGGCCAUGGAGACUAUGAUUUCAUCUGUACGUAAUGCUGUGGAUGUAGACCCAUCCCUAAUGUCCCAGGAGGCCUUGCUUCAACCCGUGAGGGACAUGGGGCACUCUGAGAUUUUACGGGGCCACUUCAGAGGUACCCAGCCUUUUGAGAAAGGUCUGGGAUUCCCACACAGGGUUCCAGAGCUGAGAGCCUGGGACGACGUGCGCCUGAAAGGCCAGGGUGAUGAAGUUGAAGACCUUGCUGGUGGGCAAGUAAGUGAGGAGCAGUUCACAGAUGAACAUGGAAACAUCGUCACCAAAAAGAUUGUACGGAAAGUUGUGCGCAGAGGGAAAGGUUUGGGAGAAGAAGGGGUUCUGGAAGUGGAGGGUUCCCUGCUGGAUGCCAACGAACUGGAGGGCGAUGCUGAGCAGUACCUGAGCUACGCCAUCUUAGGCCGCGACGGCAGCAAGACCGAUUCUGUGGAUGUGAAGAAAGGUGCUCAGAUAGUGAAAUGUGCCAGUCUGCGGAGAGUUAAGCAGUGAGGCAGACAGAGUGCUGCGUCCCUGCAGAGUUCUCCACAAGAUUCCACCCCUUCACCGAAACAAUCGUACAUGGACACAUGACCAUCAGCAGCUGUCAGGCAGAAGACCACAUGGGGACUGGCCGACAAAUGAAAAUGAAAUCCCCCUCCAACACAACGACAGC